CCCGCCGCAGCCGGCUGCGAGCCCGGCGGCUUCGCGAGCGGAGUUGAAGGGGGGCAAACUUCGCAGCCCAGAUGCCUCUGGGGCUGCGCGGCAGAGCGCGGCUGCUCCCGCAGGCACCUGCCGCCGCCCUCCCCACGGCGCCGCCGCCCUCCGCGGGGGCGGCCGGCCCCGCUGCCGGCGGCCGCCGAGGCGGCGGGGGCUGCUGCGGCCGCGGCUAGGGGCGGGCGGGCAGCGGCGGCGGCGGGCGCGCCCCCAUGCGGGUCCCGGGCCGGGGCGCGCCGGCGGCAGGCGGGAGCCGGGCGGCGGCCGGGCGGUGCUCUCCCGCCGCCUGAGCGGGCGCGGAGCGGCGCGGGACGGCGGCGCGGGGUGCCGGGAGCCAUGGGCUAUUGCAGCGGCCGCUGCACGCUGGUGGCGGUGUGCGGCGCGCAGCUGGUUUCUGUGCUCGAGAGGCAGAUAUUUGACUUCCUUGGUUAUCAGUGGGCACCCAUCUUGGCAAAUUUUAUACACAUUAUUGUAGUCAUACUUGGCUUAUUUGGAACCAUCCAGUAUAGACCUCGUUACAUAACAGGAUAUGCUGUCUGGUUGAUCCUUUGGGUUACAUGGAACGUGUUUGUUAUCUGCUUCUACUUGGAGGCUGGGGACCUUUCAAAGGAAACAGAUCUCAUUCUGACCUUUAAUAUCUCAAUGCAUCGUUCAUGGUGGAUGGAGAACGGGCCAGGCUGCACCGUGACUUCAGUAACUCCAGCUCCAGACUGGGCACCAGAGGAUCAUCGCUAUAUCACUGUCUCGGGGUGUUUUCUUGAGUAUCAGUACAUAGAAGUGGCUCACAGUUCUCUUCAGAUCUUCCUUGCACUGGCGGGCUUCAUCUAUGCCUGUUAUGUUGUGAAAUGUAUUACUGAAGAAGAGGACAGCUUUGAUUUCAUAGGUGGAUUUGACUCUUACGGCUAUCAAGGCCCACAGAAGACAUCUCAUCUACAGCUACAGCCCAUGUAUAUGUCAAAGUAACAUGGAGACUACUCAACGUGGGCUGGAGGACCUGUCAAAGAAACUGUUUUGAGAUUGUCCCUUGGUUCUUCAAAGAGCAAAAAAAAUCCAUUUUUUGUGCUAAAAAAAAAAUAAAAAA